AUGCUCAGCCUCACCAUCAUGUGCUGUAACUUUAUAGCCCUAGCCUACCUUAGCGGGCGGCGAUUGGAUGGCAGGCGGAAGAUUCUGGAUUGGGAGGUGCCCCUUGCUGAGCUGGAGCAGUUUGCCCAGGAGUGGGGGGAGAAGCACGACCUGAAGUUGCACUUCGAGUUCAAGCGGUGCGGACCCAGCUUCCUGGUUCUCAUGCCGCGGAGACUGCCCGACGCCCGCCGGCGGAGUGACGACAGUGAGUCCAGCGAGGAGGAGUUUGAGGAGGAUGUUCUGUCUCCCUCGGCGAAGCGCCCGCCGAAGGCCGAAUUCUUUCGACCGCGAGUCAUGAACGAGCCACCGGUGUAG